UCAGUUAUGAGAUCUUUACAAAGUGAGAAAGUAUUCCUAGAGUUCUUUGAGGACACAAAGUUCAAAAGUUUUCACACAUUCUUGAUCAUUAGCUAGCUAGCGAUGUCUUGGUAUAGUUAUGGCAGCUACCCCAACAAUUCUGGGGCUGAUGAAUGGAGCAAAGCAAGCCAUGACUCCGACCAUGUCUAUCGACCUGUCAUUGUUGAUGCUGAGGGAAGGACAUUGCCAAUCAUCGUGCGCACUACAAACCAAAGUACUGCGCAGAUGGCCUACGCUGCCAAAGUUGAGAGAACAACUGAGCAUGUUCGCAUACCUUUGGUCUCAGACUACACAUAUGAUUCCCCACCAAAGGUACUAAAGCCGGUGAAAAACGAUAAAUACAGAUAUAGCUCGCCACCAAAGGCCGUAGAGCCGGUGAAAUCAAACUACGGAUACAGACAUAGCUCGCCACCAAAGCUAUGGGUCAGACCUAGCUCCCCACAUGAAGAAGAGCCAGAGGAUAAUACUCAUUCAUAUAGAAGUAUCUCCCCACCAAAGGUCGAGCCAAUGAAGAAUUACGGGUACCAUGAGCCCCAGCCAGUACUGGAAUAUGGAUAUAAGGCACAGCCUGUGAAAGACUACGGAUAUGAAGUCGAGCCAGGGAAAAGCAAUAACUAUGCAGAUGAUAAAUGGGGUAGGCCUUUGAGUCCAGCUCGUGAUCGCCCACCGGAAGUUGAGGACUUGCUCGACAAAGUCCAGACUGAAGCUAGCCGACCCAAAAAGCUUGGAUCUUUAGGUGUACCAUCCCGAGGCCAAACUCCUCAAUCAAACGUGCAAAAUGGCAUCAGUCCUGGCUAUGGUGGAUAUAGUACUGAUUACAGCAACAACUACUUGCAAAAGCCGAGUGGAAAUAUUACCCUUCGUAAUAAUGAGGAUUAUGACCACUACCGCAUGAAUGAUAAUAUUCCAGGAGGCUGGGCUAGGCCAAGACCAACUAAUGGAGCUACUGCGCUCAGAAAACCUACAUCUGAUAUUGCCACAGCUGUUCAGAAUUUGAAGGAAGCUGUGUUGGGUUUAUCUGUCGCUAAUAAUGCUCCUCCACAGUCCAAGUACCCAGUUCCAAUCUCAAAACAAGAUACCUACCCAGAAACCAUUGACAGCAGGGAAGCUGCAAGGAGGUAUGGCAACUUCAAUUUACCUCGGCCACGAACCACUGAUGAAACUUACACCCCAACAAUCAACAGUACAGAGGCUGCUAAGAAGUAUAGGGGUGCUAAUAUUGCUUGAGCAUCAAGUCAAUGCUUCCCCGCACACUUACUAAGUCUGCUUGGGAUAAUCUGAAAUGGAAGAUGAUUCAUAUCUACAAACCUAUAGCUUGAAUCUCAAUUAAUCAGUGCUUCUUGUGGGAGGCUUGUUUGGGAAUAUUAAAGUCUGUUUUUUCCCUUUUAUUUAAUAAGCCCGUCUGAUCAUGUUAUCUUAAUGGAAUUUUCCCUGAUAUUAUAAUAAGCUUCUAUUGUAAGCACGUAUACUAUAAAUUUGAGGGGUUUUUAUUUACUUUAGUGUCUAUAAAAUGUCUUUUUGUGAUGUUUA